AUGAAAGAUAAUAAAUUAGAAGAAAGCAAAUCAAUUCUUGAUUUUCUAGGUUAAGAUUACAAUUGCUUCAGAAUAACAUUUUAUUAAAAGUCUAUAUAUUCACUUUGUAAUAAUGGAGUUGAAGAUUAAAUCUAAGUGGCUAGUUGUAAUGAUAAAUAAGAAUGUAAAAGAGAAAAUGCUUAUAUUUCAGUACUAUUUGCCAUUUAAAUUGUAGCUUUGGCUUAAGAUGUUGUUGUAAUUCUUCAUACUGAUUCAUUAAAUCCUGAAAAUUAUGAUGGAUAUAUUACUAUUCGUAAAUUGGUAUUAAUUGAUGGUAUUUGGUUAUCCAAUCUAUUAUUUACUAUUGAUUAUGAUUUCAUUCAAUCUAAAUUAGGAGCAUAAACACCUUAAUCAUUUAAACCAUCUUCAUUUGUUCAUUCAUUGACUCACUCUGAAAAAAAUUCAUUUGCAUUUUAAAUCAUAAUAUCCGAUAGCAUAAAUGGGUUGUUAUUUAUUGAUUUAUGUAUUUCAAAUCUUACAUUUGACAUCAAAUUUUUAUUUAUGGAGCAUUUGUUACUUAAUAAAUGGUUGAAUGAUAAUAAAUAAUAUGCUAACGAUUUUACUCAUUAAUAUUCUAAUAAGAUUAUAGAAGAAUCAAUCAAGGAUUAAACCAAGACUAUCACAAUAGUAGUUGUUACUGAUAAUUCUUCAUCUUAUAUUUUUGCUCUUACAUUUGCCAUUUCUGAUAACCAUUCAAAUAAGCUGAAAGAUACUAAAGUUAUCGUGGCUCUUAAUAAAUACGGCGCAUGGAAAGCAUUGAACACUGUGGCUGCUAAUAAAUAAUCAGUUAUUAUGGCAUUUGCACAUAAUUCAAAAGUUGUGGUUGGUGUUUAUCAGAUUUCAGAUAAUAAGCAAUAACAGGUUCCUUUUAAUUUACAAUUUCUGGAAUAUCAACACUAAAACCAGCUAAUUUCCCGCUUUAUUUACAAGUAAUUAUAUCUCACCAUACUUUAGGAUUCAACUUUAAUAUCAAGUAAAGUCAGUAUGGGAUUAAAUCAAUAUGAGAUCAGAUAGGAUAUAAGUUUGAGCUUUGGACAAAGUGCCAAACUUGAAGACCAAACCUUAAAAAUAACAUUUUCUAAUGAUUACAAAUCUAUUUCUAAAUAAAUUAAAUUAAAUAUCAAACCAGAUAAUGAAGGAUCAAGUUUUAAAGCUUGGUAGAUAAUACUAAUUGUAGUUGGAUUUUUGCUUAUUUUUUGUUUUUUAGGAUUUCUUUGUUAUAAAAAGAAGAGAAAUGAGGAAGAAGUUUAGGAAACAAGGCUAAUGCAUAUUAAUUGA